UCGGGCCGGAACCGGAAGUGUAGGGGGCGGGGCCGGCGGAGGCCAGGAGACCGAAAACGCGGCCGAGCCGGGAGCCGGGAGCCGGAGCCACAGCCUGGACCAGAACUUGGCCGCCGCCUCGCACCGCCGUCUCCCGCCGCCGCCUCGCACCGCCGCCGCCUCGCACAGCCGCCGCCGCCAGCUCGGCUGACCGUGGUCCCGCGGACUCUGGGUGUCCGGGUUGAAGGUCGGUCCGGACGUCGGAGCAGCUCGGCUCCCGGACCGUCCGGGCGGCUGCGGGCGCCGCCGCCGCCUCGUCGCCCCAGCCAGGCGUUUUGUUCGCGGAGACGCGAGAGGCGAGCGGAGCUGACAGUGAUUUUGACAGUGAUUUCAACCCGCUUUUGUUGUUGUUGGCUCUCCGUUGUUUGGUUUCGUGUGUUGUGCGUGUGUGUGGCGGUUUUUUUUCUUUUUUUUUUUCUCCCGUGGUACAUUUUUUUUUUUUUUAAAUUGUUGUGCCUUUUUUCCCCCCUCUCUCUCUUUUCAACCCUGUGAACGUUUUUGUUUUUGUUUUUGUUUUUUGGUCACCCCCUUCCCCCCCGCCCCGGGGCUUCCGAAUAUGUUUUAUGACGGUUGAUUUUACACCAGGAGGUUUGUCUCCGAGGAAGACCCAGGGAACUGGAUAUCUAGCGAGAACUUCCUACGGCUUCCCCGGCGCCUCGGGAAAAUGGGAGCUGCUGCAAAGUUGGCGUUCGCCGUCUUUCUUAUCUCUUGCUCUUCAGGUGCUAUACUGGGUAGAUCAGAAACUCAGGAGUGUCUUUUCUUUAAUGCUAAUUGGGAAAGAGACAGAACCAAUCAAACUGGUGUUGAGCCUUGCUAUGGUGAUAAAGAUAAACGGCGACAUUGCUUUGCUACCUGGAAGAAUAUCUCUGGUUCCAUUGAAAUAGUGAAGCAAGGCUGUUGGCUGGAUGACAUCAACUGCUAUGACAGGACUGAUUGCAUAGAAAAAAAGGACAGCCCUGAAGUGUACUUUUGUUGCUGUGAGGGGAAUAUGUGUAAUGAAAAGUUCUCUUACUUUCCGGAGAUGGAAGUAACACAGCCCACUUCAAAUCCUGUUACACCGAAGCCACCCUAUUACAACAUCCUGCUUUAUUCCUUGGUACCACUUAUGUUAAUUGCUGGGAUUGUCAUUUGUGCAUUUUGGGUGUAUAGACAUCACAAGAUGGCCUACCCUCCUGUACUUGUUCCUACUCAAGACCCAGGACCACCCCCACCUUCCCCAUUACUAGGUUUGAAGCCAUUGCAGCUGUUAGAAGUGAAAGCAAGGGGAAGAUUUGGGUGUGUCUGGAAAGCCCAGUUGCUCAAUGAAUAUGUGGCUGUCAAAAUAUUUCCGAUACAGGACAAACAGUCCUGGCAGAAUGAAUAUGAAGUCUAUAGUUUACCUGGAAUGAAGCAUGAGAAUAUAUUACAGUUCAUUGGUGCAGAGAAACGAGGUACCAGCGUUGAUGUGGACCUAUGGCUAAUCACAGCAUUUCAUGAAAAGGGUUCACUGUCAGAUUUUCUUAAGGCUAAUGUGGUCUCUUGGAAUGAACUUUGUCAUAUUGCAGAAACCAUGGCUAGAGGAUUGGCAUAUUUACAUGAGGAUAUACCUGGCUUAAAAGAUGGCCACAAGCCUGCAAUAUCUCACAGGGACAUCAAAAGUAAAAAUGUGCUGUUGAAAAACAAUCUGACAGCUUGCAUUGCUGACUUUGGGUUGGCUUUAAAGUUUGAGGCUGGCAAAUCUGCAGGUGACACCCAUGGACAGGUUGGUACCCGGAGGUAUAUGGCUCCAGAGGUUUUAGAGGGUGCUAUAAACUUCCAAAGGGACGCGUUUUUGAGGAUAGAUAUGUACGCCAUGGGAUUAGUGCUGUGGGAACUGGCUUCUCGUUGUACUGCUGCAGAUGGACCUGUAGAUGAGUAUAUGUUGCCAUUUGAGGAGGAAAUUGGCCAGCAUCCAUCUCUUGAAGAUAUGCAGGAAGUUGUAGUUCACAAAAAAAAGAGGCCUGUUUUAAGAGAUUAUUGGCAGAAACAUGCAGGAAUGGCAAUGCUCUGUGAAACAAUAGAAGAAUGUUGGGAUCACGACGCAGAAGCCAGGUUAUCAGCUGGAUGUGUAGGUGAAAGAAUUACCCAGAUGCAAAGACUAACAAAUAUCAUAACUACAGAGGACAUUGUAACAGUGGUCACAAUGGUGACAAAUGUUGACUUUCCUCCCAAAGAAUCUAGUCUAUGAUGGUUGCACCAUCUGUACACACUGAGAAUUGGGACUCUGAACUGGAGCUGCUAAGCUAAGGAAACUGCUUAGUUUAUUUUCUGUGUGAAAUGAGUAGGAUGCCUCCGGGACAUGUGCACAAGCAGCCCCUUGUGGAAAGCAUGGCUCUGGGAGACUUACUGCAUCGUCUGCAGCACAGAUAUGAAGGGGAAUCUAAGGAAAAAAGCUGCAAACUGUAAGGAACUUCUGAAAGAUGUACACGAAGAAUGUGGCCCUCUCCAAAUCAAGGAUCUUUUGGACCUGGCUAAUCAAGUGUUUGAAAACUGACGUCAGAUUUCUUAAUGUCUGUCAGAAGACACUAAUUCCUUAAAAGAACUACUGCUAUUUUUUUUAAAAUCAAAAACUUUUCAUUUCAGAUUUUAAAAAGGGUAACUUUUUAUUGCAUUUGCUGUUGUUUCUAUAAAUGACUAUUGUAAUGCCAACAUGACACAGCUUGUGAAUGUGUAGUGUGCUGCUGUUCUGUGUACAUACAGUCAUCAAAGUGGGGUACAGUAAAGAGGCUUCCAAGCAUUACUCUAACCUCCCUCAACAAGGUAUACCUCAGUUCCACGGUUGCUAAAUUAUAAAAUUGAAAACACUAACAAAAUUUGAAUAAAUCAAUACAUGUUUUAUAACAAGGUAUUACAAAUUCACUGUGUUAUUUAAGAAAAAUGGUAAGCUAUGCUUAGUGCCAAUAGUAAGUGGCUAUUUAUAAAGCAGUGUUUUAGCUUUUCUUCUACUGGCUUGUAAUUUAGGGAAAACAAAAGUGCUGUUUUGAAAUGGAAAAAAAAAAUGGUGUCACCCCCCACCUCCCUUUCAUCUUAUAUCCGGGUCCCAAAAUAUCGCAUACUUAAGUAGUACUUUUUUCUUUAAGGUGUGCUGUGUUUGGGAAAUAUUUGAAAACAUAAAGCAUGAUUUAAAUUUUUUUAAGUGAGCUGUGACACUGGAAAGCUCUUCAUUUUAUCUUUGAAAAUAGAUUUUUUUUCUUAUUUAUAUGUGUAAAAUUGUGUAUUUCUUCUUUUCACCAAACAGUGUGUGGGAUAUUCUUAUCACUGUUUUAGGAUCACCUCAGGAAAUGUCGUGACUCAGAACUCUUCACUCUGCUUUGAGACUUGUACCUUUAUCACUAUACUGUGUGGUGCCAUCUUGUCAGAGUAAUAUUUGAUGUCUGUGAUACGAAGAGAAUUAUCUUAGGAUAGAGAUAGUGACCUUUAAGCACAGAUUUCAGAUAUUACUGCUUUAAAGCAAAUCAGGGAUAACAAGUUGAACUUAUAACUUAAAAUAUGCAAUGACAUUUAGAGGUAACCAGUGCUGGUAUAAGGAACACAGCCUAGCCUACUCCCGAAGUUACUUUUACAGCUAACUCUAGAUAGUUCAUACCUUAUCCUUGUGAAGAAAAUUGAACUGAUGACAAGUUGGUGCCAGAGUGCUUUUAAAAACAUUAGAAUACGAUUGGAUUCUUCCUUAAACUUACACAGGCCCAAGUAAAAGAUUAAUUCCCUGAAUGUUUAGAUUGCCAACAAAUAGCCAGUAUUAUGUUAUAUACAUUUUUUGUCGAGUCACUUUAACAUCCAUACAUUAAUUUUAUAAACUUUUUACAUGUUAAUAUCAGGAGCUCACUGUGAAUGCAUUAUCUUCAGAUGGCUAAGACAUCAUACACUACAUUUUACAUAAAAUGUGCAUUAAUCUCUGGGAAGAAUAAAUUGAUAAAUAAAUAGGUCAGCAGACUCCAAGCAGGGAGGGAAAGUAAUAGCAUUCUUGUCUGUAUGCCGCAUACUAUAGAGAACUGUGCAUUGUGUGUACCUAAGGUCCCACUCUAUUCCUAAGAUUGCCAAGUUCAGUGUUCACGGCUUUGAUUUCUGUGUAUUUGGCCUGUCAAAUUCUUGAUUUAGGUUUGCAUCCAUUUGUAAACUAAUCAAGUAAAACCACUAAAAAUAUGCAUACAAAGAAAUUGCUACUCUCCAUAAGCAAAUUCCUAUUGCUUAUAAAUACUCAACCUCCUUUAAAAAGUGAUAAAAGAUGGGUUAGGAAAGCACUACAAAUAAAUUUUAUCAAGACUGGUUCAUGAUAUAAAAUGCUUUGUCUUCAUGCUAGGAAUUUUUUUUUUUUAAAGGAAUCUUGGGUAUUGUAUGUAAAUCUAGCUUAUCAAUUUUAAAACUUGUAUUCUCUUGAGAACUACAUUAACAGAAAGCCUUUUUUAUAAGCAGUAAAGUAAGAAUGUUCCAGUGACUACCUGUCCUUAUACCUAUUCUUGUUAAAACUUUCUUUUGCAGGGCAUUUUAGUGUUUGGUUUACAGUAAGUGCAGAGUGGGCAGAUAAAAAGAUUGAGCUUAGGGACAUUGAAAAAGGAAAAUCAAAGAUUAAAAGGAUUUUUUUUUGAGGGAGAUGGCAAACUUAGACCCCUGUAACUCUUCAUGUGUAUGGUGCUCAUGACGUCUUGUACUUUGCCUUUCUGAUACCCACCAGAACUGCUGCUCUUACUCUACCUUGCCCAGAUCUCCCAUGUGAGAAAUGCUUUAUGAUCAACUGCCAUAGGACUGAUGGAUUAACCAGUGUUUGAAUUUAUUUGAAGUCUAUCUAUGCCCUGCACAGAUCUUGUAUGUACUUUAGAUGCUAGGAGUUUUAGCAUGUGAUUUGUGAUUCUUGUUUGGACGUUUUAUUACAGGUACCUUGUGAAUUCCAGAACAGAGACUGUGCCUCACAAUUAUUGGUCCCAUGAACUUGUACUACCUUUCAUGGUGAUAUUCUGAAAAUACAAUCAAGAAAAACAAAACAAAAAAACACCAACACCUUUGGAUUUAAAAAUAGAAUCAUGUAUCACAAAAUUAUGAAAACAUUGCUUCUGUCCCCUUUUCUUAUCCUUAAUAGUCACCUUUAAGUAAAGUACAAAUGGUUGGGGAAAAUACCCUCACCAGAGAGAUGGUAGUUUAGUGGAAUAGACUGAUUACUGUUUUCUAAAAAAAUAAAAUAAAAUAAAAAAAAAAGAAAGAAAAAAAUGCUUCAUCAGAUAUUUUCCAGUUUCUCUUUUUUACUUUUUUGAAAAAUUACUUUUUAGGAACAUUUGGUAUAAUGUGCAUAAAAUUAUUUACAAUUUAUGGACAAAGAUACAAGUAGCAUCUUGAUUAAACAUCAUUUACCUCAGAUAUUCAACCAGCAGUACGUUUUUUAUGCAGUCUCAACCCGUAUCUCCCUAUUUGUUACCUCUCAAAAUAUUGGUAAACAAUUAUUUUAGCUUUACUCUGUAUUUCUCGUCAGUGUUUUGGGCACAGGUUGUUGUACUACUGUCAUAUUGUACUUGCUAUUUUUUUUUUCUGCAAGUAUUUAACAGAAAGCUAAAAAUGAAAAAAAUCCCCAUAAAAUCCCACCUUGAAUAAGUGAUUGUUAAAUAUUGUACAAAUAAAAUGUAUGCUAUCCCCAUUCCAUCCCCAUGUUAAAUAAAAAAUGAAUAUGGUAUU